AUGGCUUCACUAUCACGUUUCAUCGCAGGAGCGGCUGCCUUAGCAGCGACCACUCAAGCGGCUUCCCUCCAGCAGGUCACCGACUUUGGCCCAAACGCAUCCGGGACUAAGAUGUAUCUGUACGCGCCAGAUUCACUCAGUUCCGCGGGAAACAAGACCAACGCCCCAGUCGUCGUGGCCAUUCACUAUUGCACAGGCACGGCAGAGGCCUACUAUUCUUCCACACCCUACCCGGCUUUGGCAGAGCAGUAUGGUUUCUACGUGAUCUACCCAGAAUCACCCUACGAUGGGACUUGCUGGGAUGUCUCCUCGCAGGAUGCACUCACCCACGACGGCGGCGCGGACUCGACCUCGAUCGCGGAGAUGGUGUCGUAUACCCUCAGCACCUACGGCGCGGACGCCUCGCGGGUGUUCGUGACCGGGAGUAGCUCGGGCGCGAUGAUGACGAACGUCUUGGCGGCGACCUAUCCAGACGUCUUCAAGGCCGCCACUGUGUACUCGGGCGUACCUGCAGGUUGCUUCUAUACGGGGACGGUGGACGGCUGGAACGACACGUGCUCCUCGGGCGAGAGCAUCCACACCCAGAAGGAGUGGGCAGAUACUGCGCUAGCAAUGGACCCCGGAUACACUGGCCCGAGGCCGAAGAUGAUGAUCUUCCACGGAACUGCAGACACGGCACUGUUGCCCCAGAACUUCAACGAGACAAUCAAGCAAUGGACUGGCGUCUUUGGGUACUCUGACGUUCCGGAGCAGACGCUGGAGCAGACGCCCUCCGCCGCUUACACCAAAUAUAUAUAUGGUGACAAUGUCGUUGGCAUAUAUGGUACCGGGAUCGGGCACACUGUUCCAGUGAUGGGUGACCAGGACAUGGCUUGGUUCGGAAUUUCUGACACUACGACAGCUGCUCAGAGGAAGUUUCGGGCGUUCUGA